AAAGGGGGAUAAUUGCCCAUCCCCUUUGCCCUCAUGAAUAGCUGUACCUGCUGAGAUCCGCACCUGUCCUUCACGUGUGCACCAAAGUGCAGCUUGAUCCGACUUGAACCUGCUGACGGGGACAAUGACGGGACAACGCUGGGGGUAUGGAAAGGAGGACGGUCCUUCUGUAUGGUGUAAAAACUACCCCGUUGCUGAGGGGAGCCGGCAAUCCCCGAUUGACAUAGUCCCUAAUGAGGCUUUACGUGACCGCAGUCUGGACCCUAUAAUCAUAAAUUAUGACCAGUGUACCUCCAUUAACAUCUCCAACAAUGGACACUCCGUAGUUGUGGAGUUCAAUGACUCAGAUGAUCGUUCAGUGAUCAAAGGAGGCCCUCUUGACAACCCCUACAGACUAAAACAAUUCCACUUCCACUGGGGUGGAAAAGGAUGUGAAGGCUCUGAACACACUGUUUCAGGAACUGGCUUUGCAUCUGAGCUUCAUUUAGUUCACUGGAAUGCUGUCAAGUACAAAACGUUUGGAGAGGCGUCAACUGCGCCCGAUGGUCUCGCUGUCCUCGGCAUCUUUCUAGAAACAGGUGAUGACCACAGAUGGCUCCACAUGAUAACGGAUGUUCUGUACAUGGUGAAGUAUAAAGACAGCAUCACAAAUUUCAAGGGUUUCAACCCCAAGUGCCUCCUACCCAGCAAACUUCACUACUGGACCUACCUCGGAUCACUAACCACACCUCCGCUACAUGAAAGCGUCAUCUGGAUCGUCCUGAAGGAGCCAAUCGAAGUGUCUGAAAAACAGCUGGGGAUGUUCAGAAUGCUUCUGUUCACUGGAGAGGAAGACGAUCAGAGGCUGCGGAUGGAAAACAACUUCAGGCCUCCCCAGCCUCUCAAAGGCAGGAUAGUGCAUUCCUCUAAUUAAUUGUGACCUCUGGAGAUCUAAAGUCAUAAAUAACCAAAGCUGUUUUUAGACGAGAGUAAAUGCAUUAACACGAGUGUACUUUCACUUCAUGAUAGCUUAUCCUGAGGGGUUUAUGAUUUUACUUAGCACAGAGGGGAAAAGCUGUAAUAAUUCUCAUCUCUGUGAGAAGAUUAAGGUGCACCUACCUACUGACCAGAAACUUUAAUAGCAGAAGAGGGAAUCAGUUCAGGGACAAAUAAAAGGGAUUUUGUUAAGAAGUAAAAUAAAACCAGAAUUUAAGGACAGUCAAAUUUGGGGUCAUUAUUAUUCCAAGCCGCAAGUUAAAGAUUCAUAGUUUGGAUCUGUACUUGAACCACCGUACAAGGAAAGCAGGAUGCCUUUUUACUCCCUUUAUCAUGUGUACUUGCUAAGUCCAUAUAUCAUUAGUCUGUUGCUGACUGCAGAGCCAAAGUCUUGAACUUCUUACAGAUCGCCACUGAUCCUCUGUUAAUCAAGCCUAUUGCAGGUGGAUUCCCAGUCCUCACGGCUAUAGAUUCCUUCCAGUAGGAUUAAUGAUAUUUUUAUCCAAACUGCUCAGUAGACCAUGACCAUGAGUGCAUGAAAUUCUCAGGCCGUUUACAACCCAAGAGACAGUCAAACCCCAACAGGGUAAUUAUUGAGGAUUUAUUAAACUCCAAGAGUCCAAACAAGGCCCCAUUUAAUAUUUGAAUCUUUUUUU